AUGGACUUGGGGUGUAAAUUAAUUCGUGGGGAGAGGGCUCCAGGAAGAGCCCUCGUCCCUGCCCCCGUUUUCCCACCGGGGAGUCUGUACAGAGAUUUUUCUACGUUUUUAUUUUUGGCCUCAGAGGGUCGGGCUGGGGAAGGAGGGGGUGGGCAGCGGAGGGCCGGGGGCAUGGUCUGUAGGCUGGUCUGUCCGUCUGGCCCUCCACUAAUGCUGUCUCAGUGUUUUUUCUCUCUCUCUCUCGAGCUCGUACUCCGGUACCAACCCAGCACCCUGGCCCGUCCCAUGCCGGGGGGCAGGGCAAGAAGACAGGCCGCUCCGCCCGCGUCCGCCCACGGCGGGGGCACGUCCGCCUCCCGCCGCCCGCUCGCCGCUCCACAGACUCUUGUUGCCAGCCCUCCGGGGCCUCAGUUUUUGGGGCGAGGGGAGCCGCGUAGAGACUGUGCCCUGCCCUCGGCCCCCGAGCCCAGAAGCCGCCGCCGCCGCCGCCGCACUGAGGACUCCGGAGGCCACCGCGGGACCUCGCCGGCCGGGCCGCCUCGUCUGCAGUUGUAUUGA